CUCUCUCGACCUUAAAAGCGAUAAAUUUCUCAAAGUUAAGUUCAUUUACUUUAAUAAGGCAACUCAAGCACAGCUAUUGAGAAGUUUUGUUCAGAUCGCGGAAUAAAAAUGUCCUUAGCAAUGCUGAAAGAUCCCAACCACACAAUUACAGAGAAUGGUGUUCAUUGCUCAAAUUCAGACUGUGUACUCCCAAUGUGCAUCAACUCAAAGCUUGGUAACCUUAUCAAGAAAAGCACUGACUGCAAAAGAGCUGAAAAUUCUAAGGCAACUACGGAUACGAGCCUGAAAAAUGCAGCUGACUGUAAAAUGAACAGCGUCGCCGCAAAUGGAGAUAUGGAGCAAUGGUGGAGAGACCUUCAAAGCUUGGGGAUUCUGGAUCAGUUUCCCAGUAACACCCACACUGACCGGUCAUUCCUCUAUGAACAAAAUGAUUCUUCUCCCAGUCAGUUAGGCGCAAUACUAAGACCAUGUUUCAGCCAAGGGAUCCGAGUGCUUGGAAAUCAAACACAACCUUGCAUACAACAGGUGCAUCCAGGCUCUUCUACUGUCCCCAAUCUACCUUUCUUUGGUGACGGACUCUACCAAGACACACAAACGGUGGUAACAAACCCCUUAAUUCAGUCUGGAAUUGCCAAACAUGAAACAGACCCACUGAAAGACUCUGAUGCAUCCAGGUCUGCCAAGUCUGGAAAGUUGUUUGAGAUUCUCUCCUUGAUCUUUCAGGCUCUUGAGGGCCCUCAUACAGCAAAUCUUGAGGAGCACUAUGCAUCUGCGUUACAGAAGGCCCUUCAUGAAAUUCAAGCGGUUAAGAGUCUGUGUCAUCAUUAGAGAAUGAAAUAUUCAUUCACUGCUGCCACAAGAAGAAACAGCCCAGUCUUCUAAUAAACUUAGAGCAUAAAGUUUCCUUAAACGACUGGUACAUGCAUAG